AUGAAGCGCGUGUUAUCAGUUAUACUGUUGCUGCUAUAUAUGCGACCCGAUUCGGCAACUGAUGUUAUGUCAUGCGCAGUUUCCAGGGAAUCAAACGAGGAUCGCGGAACGUUUUGCUUUAAAGUCGUGAAGCCUUUACUCCAACAUUUUCGUAUAUCGGCUGAAAGCAAGGAGCAAUUUGAUAGGCUACAAGGAAAGCUGCAGCAACUGGAGGCCACAAUAAAGAGUCUUGCAAGUAAAGCUAACGCAAAUAAUGAAGCUUCUUGCAAUUGCAGUGCAGAUAAGCUUAAGGCAGAUGAGGAAACCUUGAGGCUUCAAACUGAAAUAACUGAGCUGCAAACUAAGCUUGCAGCACAACAAGAAGCUCUGCAGAAAAGCAACCAACUCAAGGAUUCUUUAAUGAGUGAAAAAGAUGAACGCAUCGUAGACUUUGAUAAGAAACUAGAAGCUCGCGUUGAGGCACACAAGGAGACUUUGAAGGGAACUCAGCAGCUUCAAGUAAAAGUCAAUGAACUACAAACGAAGAUUGAAGAAAGCGACAAACUCAAGGAUUCUUUAAUAACUGAAAAGGAUAAACGCAUUGCUGAUUUGAAAGAGCAAAUAAGCAACAACAUGAAUAAGAAUCAACAAUUCGAAGCUAAGCUGAUUAACUUUGUAGAACAAGCUGAAUUGACUAGCUUUGUGCCUUAUAGCAUUGAUAUUCGAACGAUACGUGUGCCUGGCACGGAGCCCUUCAAAGUGCCCUUUGCCUCAAAGUUCUCGGAAUGGGUUGUAAUUCAACGUAGGAUGGAUGAAUACGAGGAGUUCGGUCGAGACUGGGAGGAGUACAAACAUGGCUUUGGGGACCUGCGCCGUAACUUUUGGUUCGGGCUAGAGAAACUUCAUCUGAUGACGAAGUUUCAGCCACACGAGCUCUACAUACUGCUUGAGGAUUUCGGAAACGAAAAACGAUAUGCUCGCUAUACCAAUUUCUCAGUUGGGAAUGAAGCGCAAGCAUACGAACUAUUAAGUGUGGGCGAAUAUUCUGGAGAUGCUGGAAACGCACUCGAUACUGCAGAUGAUCAAACCGCCAAGAAUAUGAAAUUCUCAACUCAAGAUCGGGAUAAUGAUAAAAAUGAUAGAAACUUGACAGUCAAGCGCGACGAGCUGCGAGCUGCGCUCAGCGUUAAGCGUUGA